UAAUAUGCAGAGGAAAAUUGGAGCUGUGAAGUUCCUCGAAUGCUCAGCUGAAACAGGGAAGGGAGUGAGAGCAGUAUUUGACGAGGCUAUCAUUGCAGCACUUGAAAUUGCUGUCGGACUUCCUGAUUUCAAGCGUGUCCUCACUCUUUUGGUGGAGCAAAAUUCGGCCAUACACUUUGGAUGUCAGCACCACAGCGGCACUGACCCCACAUUUUUACACCGC